CGCGCGCGUUGCGAAAACCCGAUACUUCUUUAGCGUAUAAAAAUUCCCUAAUUCCUUAUCAAUUUUUAUAGAGCUGGCAACACCGCAAUCCCCCAAUCGGCCUUGCGAGUCGCGACUCGCGAGUCGCAUGUUGCGACAGUAACCGAUCGCGCGAAGUGACGCUCUGACGUCAACAAUGUCAGAAGACACUAAAUUUAGUUUAACGGACAACUUCGACUACGAAAGGUCCACGCAAUUAACAACUAAAAAAUUAAUAGCGGCCAUCAAAACGAGAAACGCUUUGUGGGACCCCAAAGCCUGCAAUUACAACAAGAGAGGCUUUUUGCGAGGACUAUGGGACGAGGUGGCUACAAUAAUGCAUAUGAAUGAGAAUACUUGCAAAACAAAAUGGAAAAACCUCAGGGACUCGUUUAUUCGGGAAUUCAAAAAAUACAAGGUGAAAUAUAAUAAAUGUGGUAAGAAGGUGGGAGAACCCAGGUGGGUUUACUAUAAAGACCUGAAAUUUUUGACCAGAAUCAUAAUGAAGGACAAUCAAGUACGUGAUGAUGAUGAUGAUGCAGAAUAUGAUACAAUUGGCAUAAAAGAAGAAAUUCUGUCAUUUACUGAAGAAGAGUCAAAUGAGACAAAUCAUUUUGACAUUAAAAUUGAAGUGGAUGAACCUGAGCCAAAAAAAUUAAGGAUUGAAAAUAGUGGUCAAACAAAUACAAUCCCACCAGUACCUGAUGAAAGUAUGGAACAAAAUAGCGACUAUUAUUUUUUGAUUAGUUUGUUACCAUACAUGAAAAAAAUACCUGAAGAGAAAAAGUUACUUGUUAGAAAUAAAAUACAGAAUGUUAUACUAGAUGAAGAGAAUACUUGCAAAACAAAAUGGAAAAACCUCAGGGACUCGUUUAUUCGGGAAUUCAAAAAAUACAAGGGAGAACCCAGGUGGGUUUACUAUAAAGACCUGAAAUUUUUGACCAGAAUCAUAAUGAAGGACAAUCAAGUACGUGAUGAUGAUGAUGAUGCAGAAUAUGAUACAAUUGGCAUAAAAGAAGAAAUUCUGUCAUUUACUGAAGAAGAGUCAAAUGAGACAAAUCAUUUUGACAUUAAAAUUGAAGUGGAUGAACCUGAGCCAAAAAAAUUAAGGAUUGAAAAUAGUGGUCAAACAAAUAUAAUCCCACCAGUACCUGAUGAAAGUAUGGAACAAAAUAGCGACUAUUAUUUUUUGAUAAGUUUGUUACCAUACAUGAAAAAAAUACCUGAAGAGAAAAAGUUACUUGUUAGAAAUAAAAUACAGAAUGUUAUACUAGAUGAAGGUGAAUAA